AUGGCUUGUAUAUAGAUGACAAUACAGUAGAUUCGUGUAGACGUUUGUAUGUGCAGUGAGUAUUUGUGAAUUUUGUGCAAAACCAUUUGGAUUAAUUAAACAACGAAGAUUUAAGGAUGAAUACCUAUGAUAACAGAGACAUGGAAGAUAUGAGAACAUAUUUACGCCGCUUUAAUCGUCAUGAUAAUGUUGAAUUUUCACAACAGAGCAUUUUGAGUGCAAUAGGGGAAUUAGUGAAAGCUAUUAAUUUGAUGGAUGAGACGAUUUUGGUCCCAUGCAGAUUGAUGGAUCUGAAAGUGGGGGAUGAACAAGAUCCCACAUCAAAAAAUCAAAACUCCAAAUCAAAAACAACAACACAAGAGUUGUUACAUUCAGCAGAUCUGAUAGAUGUGUACAAUAUGUUGAACAGUAUUAAGGUAGAUCUGCUGUGGGGCCAGAACAUGGAAGAGAAAACUACCUCAGCCAAACAGGGCUUCAAUAAUUAUUGUGUUAUUAGUAAUAAUAGUCAAAAUGCGAAGGGUCACGCUCGUAGGCCAUCAACAGCUAGCGUAGCAUCUACAAAUUCAUCUUCAUCUCUCAGCAGCGAUUCUGAGUUAGAUAUUGGGAUUGAGAAUGAUUCAGGAAUAGAGGAACCACUCCAAGUGCAAGAUAAGACUGCUGCUUUGGCCCAGAGCUUUAGAAAUCAUCUUAAGGGACUAACUCAUUGCCUGAGACAAUUGACAGAAGCCUCUGAAUAUUUAACAUCCCGUUAUCAGCACGAUAUAGGGAAUCCGCUAUGAUUUGCACUUGGAAAAAUGUGUGAUUGUGAGAGUGAGUGUAGGUAAAUUACUAUUCUAGGCUUAGUAAUGAUAUCAAUUUGUUACUGAUCAGUGAUAACAUGUAUCUGGAUAUGUGUUAUUGUCGAUUUCCGAAGCCAACACGCUGAUUGUUAUUAUAAUUAUUAUUUAGCUAGUUAAAAUUGUAUUUAUUUUUAUUUUACAUGUGUUUUAGUUUUAAAUAAAUGGUUCAGAAUGAAUUACUGUAUAGUGCCUAUUUAUUGAAUAAAAUUCGUCUAUACUACUAGG